GUGUUUAUUUUCACGCGAACCGGACACGCAAAGAAGUUUCCCUUUCGGAUUUUCUUCUUUCCAUGAUCUAUUGUUGAACAACAUACCCCGCGAACCGUGAACACACCGCGCUGAUCAUUGAUGCACCACCCGUUCGUUUUCUUUCCAAGUCUAUUAGCCGUUGCCGCUGAGCUUCCCUUCCCGGCCAUCAUCGUUAUUUCGUGUUUGCUCUUUCGUCCGCUCGCAUGUUGCAACUAUCCGUCCGACAUAUUUAUCGCACUUGACCGUAAAUUGCCUAUUCCACGUUUAUUUUUUUUUCUUCGCCCGUUUCAACGCCGGCCGAUCCGUUUUUAAUUUUUUCUCGCUUUAGAACGUCUUUCAACCCGACUCGAUUAAAAUGUCUGACGGUGAAUGGGGUGAUGAAUCUUCAAGUUCAAAUAAUAGAGGACGUGGUCGCGGUGGCCGUGGUGGUGGACGUGGAAGAGGAAAUUUCAAUAGAAACAAUGAUUUUGACUCAUCCCAAGGAGGUGAUAGUUGGGGAAAUGAUGGCAAUAAUGGUGGAGGAGGAGGAUGGAUUGAUAGAAAUGAUCAAGGAGAUGGAUUAUCACGUGGUCGAGGUAGAGGAGGUGGUAGGGGUAGAGGAGGUAGGUCUUUUGAUAAUAACGCUGAUGAUGGAAAUGGUUUCGGCGGUGAGGGUGAUCAACCUCCUGUGUCUGAUAAGCCUAGACCAACAUAUAUACCUCCAGAACUAGAUGACAAUGACUUUAAUAGUGUUGAAGUCGGCAUGAAUUUUGAUAAAUAUCAAAAUAUUGAAGUGAAAGUGAGCGGUGACUCUGUUCCAACACACAUAGAAUCUUUCAAAAAUUCAGGCUUACGUGAAGUUUUAAUAGAAAAAUUGGAGAAAUGUAAAUAUACUACACCUACCCCAAUUCAGAAGUAUGCCAUUCCAGUUAUAAUCAAUGGCCGAGACAUAAUGGCUAGUGCACAAACUGGUUCUGGUAAAACUGCUGCAUUUGUUUUGCCAAUUGUACAUACUUUACUAAGUAAACCAAUAGAUUUAGUAUUUGAACGAGAUUAUUGUGAGCCUCAAUGCAUUAUAAUGUCUCCUACCAGGGAAUUAGCUAUACAAAUUCGUGAUGUUGUACAUAAAUUAACCAUAGGCACAGUUAUAAAGCAUUCAAUUCUUUAUGGUGGUACUGCUACAGGUCAUCAGAGAAAUCAACUAGCUAAUGGUAUUCAUAUAAUUGUAGCAACACCUGGACGUUUAAAUGACUUUGUUGGGAGAGGAAUUGUAUCCUUUAAGUCUAUUAGAUUUUUCGUUUUGGAUGAAGCUGAUCGGAUGUUAGAUAUGGGUUUUAAACCAGAUAUAGAAAAAAUCUUGAACCAUCAAACUAUGGUUGAUCGCCAUUCUAGACAAACUCUUUUAUUUUCUGCUACUUUGGCUGAUGAUAUUCAAAUGAUGGCUAAAUGUUAUUUGAAGCCAGACUAUGUGUUUAUUGCUGUGGGUGAAAUUGGAGGUGCUUGCAAAGAUGUAAAACAAGAAAUUCGAGAGGUUACGAAGUUUGAAAAAAAAAAAGAACUAAUCAAAGUUUUAGAAUCAUUAGGUGAUUGUACGGGUACCAUGGUUUUUGUUGAACAAAAAAGAAAUGCUGACUUCAUCGCUGCGUUUUUAAGUGAAAAAGAUUAUCCUACUACUAGUAUUCAUGGUGAUCGUGAACAACCAGAAAGAGAACAAGCUUUACGAGAUUUUAAGAACAAUAAAAUGAAAAUUUUAGUUGCUACUGCAGUUGCAGCAAGAGGUUUAGAUAUAAAAGGUGUGAACUGCGUGAUUAAUUUUGAUUUACCUAGCUCUAUUGAUGAAUAUGUACAUCGCAUUGGUCGAACAGGAAGAUUAGGUAACUCUGGGCGAGCAGUUUCAUUUUAUGAUAGUAGUUCUGAUAAUAGUUUAUCAUCAGAAUUAGUUAGAAUUCUUAAACAAGCUGAUCAAGAAAUACCCUCAUUUUUGGGUGGUGGUGGCCAUAAUGGCGGAUAUGGCGGAGGUCAAUCAUUUGAUGAUGUUAGACAACAUAAUAACACGGAUAAUAACAUUUCUGCCGCCGAUGAAGAUGCAUGGUAAAAUAAUUGAUAACCUGUAUUACAAUUCUCAUUGAUUUAGUUAACAUAAAUAUUGACUGAUUCUUUUUUUAUUUUUAAUUACCUUUAAGUUACUUAAAUAUUUAAAUCCUCUGCUUAAGUUAUGAUUAUCAGUUUGUCAUUUCUUAAUUUGUAUAUAUAAUAUAUAUAACGACAAUAUGGUA